CACGCACACACAUGAACACCUGCACCCCAACCACAGCCCUUGCUUGCUGAACCGCUUCCACUGACCAUGAGGCUGGCCCUGCUACUGCUGCUGCUGGGGGCCUGGGCCAUCCCAGGGGGCCUCGGGGACAGGGCCCCGCUCACGGCCACUGCCCCACAGCUGGAUGAUGAGGAGAAGUACUCAGCUCAUAUGCCUGCUCACCUGCGCUGUGAUGCCUGCAGGGCAGUGGCCUACCAGAUGUCACAACAUUUGACAAAGGCAGAGGCCAAGCUUCACACUCUGGACUCCGGGGAACAUCAAGAGCUGAGUGAGUCGGUAUACACAGACGUCUUGGACCAGAGUUGCUCCCAGACCUGGCAGGACUAUGGGGUUCGAGAAGAGAACCAGGUGAAACGGCUUACAGGCCCAGGACUUAACAAGGUGCCAGAGCCAAGCAUCAGCGUGAUGAUCACGGGGGGGCCCUGGCCCACCAGGCUCUUCACGACAUGUUUGCACUACCUGGGGGAGUUUGGAGAAGACCAGAUCUAUGAAGCCCACCAACAAGGUCGAGGGGCUCUGGAGACAUUGCUGUGUGGAGGCCCCCGGGGGGCCUGCUCAGAGGAUGAGCAAGUCACAAGGACCGAGCUCUAGUCCAACUCCUCCUUCUUCUUCCUGAUCAGCCCCUGAAGAGAGUUGAGUAUCCUCUGGAUCUGCCCCACUCCUUUCUGCAGGCUGCUGGAGGGUAGGGAGGCCUCACUCUUCUGUGCUGCAGGCUCCCUUCCUCCUCCAGCUUCGGGGCCCUGAGGCCUGGGCGGGGGCCAAGGCCUUACCCUCUGGACUCAAAUAAAACCCACUGACCUCAA